AUGGGUAUCUGGGAAGCUAUCACCGACCUUGUCGAGGCCGCCGCGCCAUGGAGCGUGGCCGAGGCUGAGGCGCCUGCCGAGGAGCCGCAAGAGGAGUCCAGCGACGACAGCAAGGACGAGGAGGCCACCGAGCAAUCCGACGAUGCUGAGGAUGCCGAGGAGGGCGGCGAUGAUGAGGAAGAGGAGGAGGAAGACGAGGACGAAGAGGAGAUUGUCGACCCCAAGGAGAAGCUUGAAGAGGAAUGCAAGGAGUCCAAGCAAUGCGCUCCGGCCAAGCACCAUUUUGAUGAGUGCGUUGAGCGAGUCACCAACGCCGAGGGCGAGGAUGGCCCCAAGGAGGAUUGUGUCGAAGAGUUCUUCCACCUCGCCCACUGCGCCACCCAAUGCGCCGCUCCCAAGCUGUGGUCUCAGCUCAAAUAA